GCAGGAAGCCGGCUGAGACCGUUAAAACCAUUAUAGUUAUGAACUGUAGUAGCUGUUCUUCAAAUCGUGAUGUCCUGUUCCGAUAAAUGAGAAGUACUGCUAUAAACACAUAAACACUGCGAUAGCCUUUAUUGUCUGAAAGCACUGAAUGGAUCUCACUGUUAGGCAGAGAGCUCAAAGUGGAUAACUUAUCAGCUAAGCUAAGAUAGCUGGGAGGGUUGACGUGUCGCCCCUGGAUGCCUCAGCUUGUGGCGAAGCUAAUCACGCUUCACCGAGGCUUUGUGGGCCUCGCCGAGAGCUGUUUGGGUUUUCAUCUGUUAUUAUUGAAGGUAUAAGUAUGACUGACAGUUCAGGGCUACACUUUGUGAGUCCUUACGCCUUCGCGGCCAUGCAGAAGGUGGACGUGGUGCGGCUGGCGGCUCUGAGCGACCCUGAGCUGAGGCUACUGCUCCCAUGCUUGGUGAGGAUGGCGCUCUGUGCCCCUGCGGACCAGAGCAACGCCUGGGCUCAGGACAAGAAGCUUAUUCUGCGUCUGCUGUCUGGAGUGGAAGCUGUGAACUCCAUCGUAGCGCUGCUCUCGGUGGAUUUCCAUGCCCUGGAGCAGGAUGCCAGGAAAGAGCAGCAGCUCAGACAUAAAGCCGGUGGGUCCAACAGCGAGAGCAUCCUGGUAUCACAGCUGCAGCAUGGUCUGACUCUGGAGUUUGAACACAGCGACCCGCUCAGGAGACUCAGACUGGCUCUGAGUGAGCUGCUGGCCAUCAUGAACAAGGUUGCUGAUUCCAGCGGAGAGUUUUUUCUGAAGUCGUCAGAGCUCUUUGAGAGUCCUGUGUAUCUGGAGGAGGUAGCUGAUGUCCUCUGCAUCCUUCAAGCAGAGCUGCCCUCUCUGCUGCCCAUCGUGGACGUGGCAGAGGCCCUGCUCCAUGUGCGGAAUGGAGACUGGUUUCUUUGUCUCCUUGUUGCCAAUGUCCCGGACAGCUUCAAUGAAGUAUGCCGUGGUCUAAUCAAGAACGGAGAGCGUCAGGACGAGGAGAGCGUGGGUGGACGCAGGCGGACAGAGGCUCUCCGGCAGCUGUGCCAGAUGAACCCGUCUCAGGCCCUGAACAUCAGAGCCAUGGUGGUGCAGGAGUGCCACCUACCUGGUCUGGGAGUAGCUCUAACUCUGGACUACAAGCCAGACAGCGCGGACGAGGCGGUCAGUCCCUUGGUGUCGUACGUCAGCGGACUCCUCCUGGGGACCAAUGGAAAAGUGCGCACCUGGUUCGGAAUGUUCAUUCGCAACGGGCAGCAAAGAAAGCGAGAGAGUAGCUCAGUUCUCUGGCAGAUGCGGAGGCAGCUGCUGUUGGAGCUGGUAGCCAUCCUGCCCCGUUCCCGUGGGACCCACGUUCCCAGCGGCUCCGACCCCGAGAGCUGCCCGGGCUACUCGGGCCUGCGGGAGGAGCAUGUGGUGAAGGCCAGCGCUUUGCUCCGCCUCUACUGUGCUCUGAUGGGCAUCGCUGGCCUCAGACCCACAGACGAGGAGGCGGAGCAGCUCCUCCAGCUGAUGACAAGCCGGCCCCCAGCCACACCCGCCGGCGUCCGCUUCGUCUCGCUGUCCUUCUGCAAACUGCUUGCCUUCCCGACGCUCGUCAGCACUCCAGAGCAGGAGCAGCUGAUGGUGAUCUGGCUCACAUGGAUGAUUAAGGAGGAGGAAUACUUUGAGAGUGCUGCUGGUGUGUCUGCCUCCUUUGGAGAGAUGCUGUUACUGGUUGCCAUGUAUUUCCAUAGCAACCAGCUGGGUGCUAUCAUUGAGCUGGUGUGUUCCACUUUGGGAAUGAAGAUUGCCAUUAAACCCAGCUCUCUGAACAAAAUGAAGACCAUCUUCACCCAUGAGAUCUUCACUGAGCAGGUGGUCACUGCCCAUGCUGUGAGAGUGGCCGUCACAAACAGUCUGAGUGCCAAUAUUGCAGGCUUCCUCCCUAUACACUGCAUUUACCAGCUCCUAAAGAGCAGAGCGUUCACCAAGCACAAGGUUUCCAUCAAGGACUGGAUCUUCAGGCAGCUGUGUGAGACCACCACACCUCUUCACACUCAGCUCCUCCCCCUCAUUGAUGUUUAUAUCAAUUCCAUCCUUACUCCUGCCUCCAAAGCCAACCCGGAGGCUACCAACCAGCCAAUCACAGAGCAGGAGAUUCUCAAUGUCUUUCAGGGACAUGCAGGGGGAGAUGGGGGGAAAGGCCGUUGUCAGUACUCCAUCACCACUCAGCUGUUGAUACUCUACUAUAUACUGUCCUAUGAAGAGGCUCUACUGGGCAACACUAAGACACUUGCCCUGAUGCAGAAGAAGCCCAAGUCCUACUCGGCUGCCCUGAUGGACCAGAUCCCCAUCAAGCACCUCAUUCGCCAAGCUCAGGGUCUGCAGCAGGAGCUGGGCGGGCUGCACUCUGCUCUUCUGCGUCUCUUGGCCACCAACUACCCCCACCUGUGCAUGGUGGAGGGCUGGAUCUGUGAGGAGGAGGUGACGGGCACUCUGCCCCUCCUACGCCGCAUGCUCCUCCCCAGCUGCUCCUGCAGGUACACUCAGGCCCAGCUCCAUGCCGCCUUCCAGAACGUGGUGCUGAGUGGUCCAGCGCUAAUGCGUAUGCUUGAGCCACUGACGUUGCUGAGCGCCGCUGACCUCAUUCCCUACGCUGAGGCCCUCACAGCCAACAUGGGUCUGUUACUGCAGCCCGGGGUGGCCCGGAGACUCCUGCAGACCGUCAGCAAACUCUGGAUGGUGCUCAACACCGUCAUGCCACGCAGGCUGUGGGUGAUGACCGUAAAUGCCCUGCAGCCGUCGGCUAAACUCCUCAGGCAACACUGCUACACUCAGAAUGACCUGCUGGUCGACCCCCUCAUUGUGCUGCGCUGUGACCCCAGAGUGUUUAGGUGUCCUCCUCUGAUGGACAUCACACUACACAUGCUAAAUGGAUACCUGUUGGCAUCUAAGGCCUACCUAAAUGCCCACCUCAAGGAGACCGCUGAGUUUGAUCGGCAGACGCAGACCAUCUCGAACCUGGGGCUCACUGGGCAACCAGACACCCCAGAGGUCACCAGAGAGGAGCUGAAAAAUGCACUCUUGGCUGCACAGGACAGUGCAGCAGUGCAGAUCCUGUUAGAGGUGUGUCUGCCAUCCUCUCAGGAGGAGCAGCUACUGGGUGGAGAUGGUGAAGGCUUGGUGAAGAGUGGUCAGUCUGCUUUGGACCAGCCAAUGAGGGAGCAGGGAAGAGCAGGAGUUGUGCAGGGACCCCUGGGCUUGCAACAGGCCGAGGGGGGAGCCACUGGUGCUCAGGGGGCGUGGAAUGCUGAGGGUGGUGCCUCUGGAGCUCAGAGGGAAUGGCAGAUUGAGGGUGGGCUUCUUAGUGACCUUAGGGAAGUGCAGUGCCUCAUCUGCUGUCUGCUACAUCAGAUGUUCAUCGCAGAUCCCAACAUCGCCAAACUGGUGCACUUCCAGGGUUAUCCUCAGGCCCUGCUCCCUCUCACUGUAGCUGGUAUUCCAUCCAUGCACAUCUGCCUGGACUUCAUCCCAGAGCUGCUCGCCCAGCCUCAGCAGGAGAAGCAGAUCUUUGCCAUUCAGCUGCUCUCUCACCUGUGCACUCAGUAUGCUCUGCCCAAAUCCCUUAGUGUGGCACGCCUGGCCAUCAGCGUGAUGGGCACUCUGCUCACAGUUCUUACGCGUCCCAGGCGUUUUGUGUUCUUCAUGCCCACCUUGCCAUGCUUGGUGCCGUUCUGCCGGGCCUUUCCUCCACUCUACGACGACGUCGUCUCCUUGCUGGUGCAGGUGGGCCAAGUUUGUGCAGCCGACGUUGCUACAAAAAGCCGGGACAUCGACCCGUUCAUCGCCAGGCUACAGCAUGUGAAGGGGAGACUGAAGGAGUCACUGGGCUCAGACAUGGGCUUGUCCAAAAUGUCUCUGCCUAAGAGAUCUGCAGAGGAGCUGGGUGCUGCUGACCCUGAUGUCCAGCUGUGCUACUGUAUAGAAGCCGCCUUCAUGGACAUUGUUGAGACGUGCAUACAGGGAUUCUGAAGAGCGAGACGGUGAACGUGAAGAAAUGAGGUCUGUCCGAGGCUUGGAGAUGACAUUGUGUGACUGACGUACGGAGUGUUUAACACAGAAGAGACCUUCUUACAGCUGUUGAACACAAGACCAUAUAAACAGGGAAGAUGUACUGCAGAAUAAGUGUUCUGUAAAGCCAUGGGAAAAAAAAAAAUCAUGAGGUUUUUAAACGCAUGAAUGUACCCUGCCUGUAGGUACUAAACACACAAAAAAAAACAAAUUCUGAUUCCUUAAAGUGACAUGGCAUUCGUAGCAGCAAGGUGUACGGGAACUGUAAAGAGAGCAAGAACAGGCUCUCCUGAAAGAGGCUUUGAGGUUUCUUCAGGACAUCUGUGUGUUUAGGACACAUUUUGUGGUGUUUGGCACUACUGUUACUUUUUAAUUAGAUGUGAGUGUGUAGCAGGCACUCAACAUUAUUGGUCUGUUUUUUAGACUGCUUUAUAAAAAUAUUUCUUUUCCUCAGUCAUGUUAUUUUUGAGAGAUUUUUAAACCUUGAGUUUUGGAAAUGUCCUGGUUUUGUACACUCCUCCACCUUCAUUUUGAACAUUUGUAGUAAACUUUUGAUUCUCUCAGA